AUGGCCUCCACUUUUACCGCAUGGCUGCGUUCUCCCGCCGCUCGCGAGUAUUUCUUCAGUACUCACUUCUGGGGACCGGUCGCAAACUGGGGUCUCCCCUUGGCCGCUCUAGCAGACUUGCGGAAGGACGAGGAUGUCAUCUCUGGCCCCAUGACACUAGCUUUGUGCUCUUAUUCCAUGGUAUUCAUGCGAUUCGCAUGGCGAGUUAUUCCUAGAAACUACUUGCUAUUCGCAUGUCAUGCAACAAACGCGACAGCGCAGAGUGUGCAGGGCGGCCGUUUCAUCAACUACUGGUACAUGGGGGGCAAGGAUCGCGCUGAUGCAGCGAAGGCUGUCAAACCAGUCGAAUCCGCCGCCGCCUAG